AUGAGUACGAGCUGGCGCCGACGACCGAUGGCGAGCAAGAAAAGCAAGAAGGCCAGGGAGAAAAAGAACAUGGACGAUCUGAAGAAAGAAGUGGAUCUGGAUGAUCACAAGCUCACCUUGGAUGAACUUCACAGGAAGUACGGAACCGACCUCACUAGGGGUCUGACCGCCACCAGAGCAAAGGAGGUGCUGGCCCGUGAUGGCCCGAAUGCUCUCACCCCUCCGCCCACUACACCUGAGUGGGUCAAGUUCUGCAGACAGCUUUUUGGCGGUUUCUCCAUGCUUCUCUGGAUUGGCGCCGUCCUCUGCUUCAUCGCAUACGGGAUCCAGGCUUCCUAUGAAGACGAACCCGCUAAUGAUAAUUUGUACCUUGGCGUUGUGCUCUCUGCUGUUGUCAUCAUCACUGGCUGCUUCUCCUAUUACCAAGAGGCCAAGAGCUCCAAAAUCAUGGAGUCGUUCAAAAACCUGGUCCCACAGCAAGCUUUGGUUAUUCGUGACGGAGAGAAGAACAGCAUUAACGCUGAGGACGUGGUGGCUGGAGACCUGGUGGAGGUGAAAGGUGGUGACAGGAUCCCUGCUGAUCUGCGAGUCAUCUCCGCCCAUGGGUGCAAGGUGGACAACUCCUCUUUGACGGGUGAAUCCGAGCCACAGACCCGUACUCCAGAUUUCUCCAAUGACAACCCACUGGAGACCAGGAACAUUGCUUUCUUCUCUACCAACUGUGUUGAAGGCACAGCCAGAGGAAUCGUCAUCAACACCGGAGACCGCACUGUCAUGGGUCGCAUCGCCACACUGGCUUCCAGCUUGGAAGGCGGAAAAACUCCCAUUGCCGUUGAGAUUGAGCACUUUAUCCACAUCAUCACUGGUGUGGCUGUAUUCCUCGGUGUGUCUUUCUUCAUUCUCUCCCUUAUACUUGGGUAUGGGUGGCUUGAGGCAGUCAUCUUCCUUAUUGGAAUCAUUGUUGCCAACGUUCCAGAGGGUCUACUGGCAACCGUCACUGUGUGUCUGACUCUGACUGCCAAGCGUAUGGCCAAGAAGAACUGUUUAGUAAAGAACCUGGAAGCCGUUGAGACGCUGGGGUCCACAUCCACCAUCUGUUCAGAUAAGACCGGCACCUUGACCCAAAAUAGGAUGACAGUGGCGCACAUGUGGUUCGACAACCAGAUUCACGAGGCUGACACCACUGAGAACCAGAGCGGCACAUCCUUUGACAGGAGCUCUGAUACCUGGUCUGCCCUAUCCAGAAUUGCUGGACUCUGUAACCGAGCUGUCUUCCUGGCCGAGCAAGGCAACGUUCCAAUUCUGAAGAGGGACGUAGCCGGUGAUGCUUCUGAGGCUGCCCUGCUCAAAUGUAUUGAGUUGUGCUGUGGAUCUGUCAAGGGCAUACGAGAAAAAUAUUCCAAGCUUGCUGAAAUACCCUUCAACUCUACUAACAAGUACCAGCUUUCCGUCCAUAAAAACGCAACCCCAGGAGAGACCAAGCAUCUGCUGGUCAUGAAAGGUGCUCCUGAGAGGAUUUUGGACCGCUGCUCCACCAUCAUGUUGCAGGGAAAAGAACAGCCGCUGGAUGAGGAACUGAAAGAUGCUUUUCAAAACGCCUAUGUUGAGCUUGGAGGACUUGGAGAGAGAGUUCUGGGUUUCUGCCAUUUCAACCUGCCCGAUGACCAGUUCCCAGAGGGCUUUGCAUUCGACACCGAAGAGGUGAACUUUCCCACUGAGAAGUUGUGCUUCGUCGGCCUCAUGUCCAUGAUUGAUCCUCCUCGUGCGGCCGUGCCAGAUGCUGUUGGCAAAUGCAGAAGCGCUGGAAUCAAGGUUAUUAUGGUAACUGGUGACCACCCAAUCACAGCCAAGGCAAUCGCCAAGGGUGUAGGCAUCAUCUCGGAGGGCAACGAGACAGUUGAAGACAUUGCGGCUCGCCUGAACGUUCCAGUGUCAGAGGUCAAUCCUAGGGACGCAAAGGCCUGUGUGGUCCACGGUGGCGAGCUGAAGGAGAUGUCCACCGAGCUUCUUGACGAUAUUCUGAAGUACCACACUGAAAUUGUCUUCGCCAGAACCUCGCCGCAGCAGAAACUAAUCAUUGUGGAGGGCUGCCAGCGACAGGGAGCCAUUGUUGCUGUGACUGGUGAUGGCGUCAACGACUCUCCAGCUCUGAAGAAGGCUGACAUUGGUGUCGCCAUGGGGAUCGCUGGAUCUGAUGUCUCCAAGCAAGCGGCGGACAUGAUUCUGCUGGAUGACAACUUUGCUUCCAUUGUUACAGGAGUGGAAGAAGGCCGUCUGAUCUUUGACAACUUGAAGAAGUCCAUCGCUUACACUCUGACCAGUAACAUCCCGGAGAUUUCACCCUUCCUCCUCUUCAUCAUCGCCAACAUCCCCCUGCCUCUGGGAACCGUCACCAUCCUCUGUAUCGACCUGGGAACUGACAUGGUCCCUGCCAUUUCCCUGGCUUACGAAGCUGCUGAAAGUGACAUCAUGAAGAGACAGCCCAGAAACCCCAAAACGGACAAACUGGUGAACGAAAGGCUUAUCAGCAUCGCCUAUGGGCAGAUUGGUAUGAUGCAGGCCACAGCGGGCUUCUUCGCAUACUUUGUAAUACUGGCAGAAAACGGCUUUCUGCCCAUGGACCUGAUCGGAAUUCGAGUGCACUGGGAUGACAGACACGUGAAUGACCUGGAGGACAGCUAUGGGCAGCAGUGGACAUACGAACGCAGAAAAAUUGUUGAGUUCACCUGCCACACAGCCUUCUUUGCCAGUAUUGUCAUCGUGCAGUGGGCUGAUCUGAUCAUCUGCAAGACAAGAAGGAACUCCAUCCUGCAGCAGGGAAUGAGAAACCGCAUCCUUAUCUUCGGACUGUUUGAGGAGACCGCCCUGGCUGCCUUCCUGUCAUACUGCCCUGGCAUGGACGUUGCCCUCAGAAUGUACCCCCUCAAACCAUACUGGUGGUUAUGUGCCUUCCCAUACUCACUGCUCAUCUUCCUCUACGACGAGGCCAGAAGAUACGUCCUCAGACGCAACCCAGGCGGUUGGGUGGAGAGAGAGACAUACUACUGAGUGGCAAAUGGACAUUAUUUACUGCCAUGUUACAAACUAGUCUGAGGCGCCACUCGGACGGCAAAAUCACGGAUGAAUUAAACAUCUUUGAUAUACAUGUCAAUAAAAGCAUCACCCAACUAUUAUAUAAAACAAA